UUAUUCAAAAUUGGUUGGCUGGCUGGCUGGCCUAAUGGCUACAAUUUAUUUAUUUAUUUAUUUAUUUUUAAUUUCCAAAUUCUAUCUCACAUCCUCCAUCAUUGAUUCUCUUGUUUUGAGGGAGAAAUAAAGCAGUAGAGGGUGGACUCGGACACAGUUGGGGAUGCUGGCCUCAAUCCAAUCCUAGUUUCUGUGAAUCUGAUGCAGGGGCUGUUCAAUUUUGGAGAAUCUGAAACGAAUUCCUGGUUGAUUAGUUUUUGUCUCUUUUAGUGCUGUGUACUUUCAUUAGAAGCUACUACAAUUAAAGAAUCUAAGACAGAGUCAUUUAAAUUCCAGGUUUGAAUCUGUUUCCUUUGCUUUUGCUGUUUUGACAAAGAGGGAUUAUCUUGGUAGCUGGAUCUCUUUGCUUCAGUAUCCAGUGGUUGUUCUACGUAGGCAAAUAAAUAUUCAUUCCCAUGAUUCAAUUUUGAAUUGCUGGAUAAAUUCGUAAAUAAUCAGUAAAACUAGUAUGUUGCCUGAGUUCUGUGGUUCAAGCUUGCUUCUAGCUCUGCCAGAUGAUUUGUUUGCAAUUAUAUCUCGUUCACUUUCGCCUAGGGACAUCUGUAGUCUCAGUCUUUGCUGCCGGAGUUUAUGUGCUCUUGUGGCCUCUGAAAAGGUUUGGCUAACCCAAUGUGACAUUCUGGGUAUUGUUCCUCAUCAGGACCUCAUUGAAUGGAGAAAGGGUGUUUCAUCUUAUAGGGCACUUUGUCGUUUCCUUGUGAGUGUUAAGCCAUUAAUUGGAAUUUGGGUUCAUCAAAACCCUGAGCUAGGUAAUGUGGUAUAUGUCAUGCCUGGUUUUGUGUCUGUUGUUGGAUGUCGGAUAAUACCACAAGAGCUUGGCCCUCUGGGAAUUGAAGAUGGCCCCAUACUGUGGGCACCAGUGUUUGAAAUAAUAGGAGACCUUGAUGGUUCUAUUUUAUUUUUUCUACAUGGAAGAGAAAAAGGAAAUGAUUAUGUUUAUCCUGGUUCAGUCAAGUCUGUUGAACAGAAUUGCAAUGUACUAUUGCUUGAGGUUGAGCCUAGGCCACAAAUGAUUGUGAAUACAUUAUUGCAUAGUAAAAGCUUUGCUUACAGUUCAGAUAAGGAGAUAUCAGGAAAGAUUACUAGGUCAAAUAGUGGAUUAUCAAGGUCACAGAGGAUGCUUGGACGGUGUGAUGCUAAGGUGCCUUUUAGCCGCUUGGCUUUUAGUGACAGAAGAAAAUUGAUUGAGGUUGUUACAAGCCAAGUUCAUCAAACUGUACCUGAUUCAGUAAAUGAGCCACUAUUUCCUCGGUUGAGGAGUGAUGAAGAGAACUUUCAGAAAGACAUUGUGCUCUUAUUUGAAAGGAGAUCCCUGCUUCUUCAAAAUUAUAAGUUUGGUGGAAGUUGGUUUGAUUGGAAGGAAGCUCCUGAACUGCCUUCUGAUCCUACUCAACUGCAAUUGAGUGAGAUUAAAAAUAGCCUUGAUCGCUCAAGUGGAUUUCAUAAUUCUCUAAAUGGGGAUGGUCAAACAAAAUCUAUCAUGAAGAAGACUCUUAGUGGGUAUUUUAGGGCUAGCCUUAGACAAAUAUUGGGGAAGUCUCCCUCUAUUAAUGGUGGCCGUACACUUUCUAAGAAUAGUUCUUCUAGCAGUGAGUGCAAGCAUGCACAGCUUCAUGAAUUUUUAAGAUCAGGUGAUACAAUAGGAUUGACAUUACAUGCCUCUACAGUUAAGUUAUCUUCUUAUCGAGCAUGGCCAAAUAUGCAUGACAGUCGGUUUGCGCUGUACAAGCUACCCAUGCGGGUUCCAAGAGCUGACCAAGAGUAUGCUGGUCUAUGGGGUGGGACUUUUGGUUGGCCUCCUGGGAAGCCUACUGAAGAUAAGCCAGGAAAGGCUUUGUUCUUUCUUUUGAUCUCUUAUGAGGAAUAUGAAGGGCAAAGACAACUCAUUGCUACCAAAAUAUUGGAAGGAACCCACUAUGUUCUCCAUCCAAAUGGCUCAGCAAUGUUUAUGGUGAAUAUCGAUGAGCCUUCACAGGAUCCAUUUCCUUGGGAUGUUGAUGCUGAUUCUAUUCCUGUGAGUGUAAAACAUGCAUUUGCAGGCGAGGGUAUUGCAAAUGGGUAUGGUUUCCGAUAUCCUGGCUCAAAGCCUGGUUCCCUCUUUGUAAUUCAAAAUGGCCUUCUUGCCUUCAUUUGGAAGGAAUCUAGAGCUGUCUUGACCAUGCAGAGACUAAACUUGCAAGAGCUUUUGAAGAAAGGUGAACGGGUGCCUGCUCUACCUCCAAUUGCCAACUUUUCAUACUUGACCAAGUCCUACUCAAAUGUGUUUGCUGGCUUCUCAAAUGCCUCAACUUCUUUGUCUUCACCAAGGCAAAGGCAAUUGUAGAACAUUUAUGGGUGUGCAAACCGAGGCACAGAGAUCAAACGGUUGUAGCUCCACCAUUCAUUUGGCUGCUCAUGUAUCAGUAUUCCUGGUUGCUGUUAAUGAUCCACUUCCUUUAUUGCUCAUUGAUGAUCAAAUGUUCUUCAGUGCUGCUUAUUUCUCUAAUAAACCCUUUUCUCUUGAAUGACAAGGGUUAAGGUGAUUCCUAUGCAACCCAUAUGAAAAUUAGACUAUUUUUACGACAAUAAACAUUAGAUAUAAGGUGAAAGCAGUCAUCUGGUGUGCUUAUAAAUGUGAGAAAGAUAGGAGAUUGGAUAGAGUAUCUAAAAAUGCUUUUAAAUUGUAGAAUAGGAGACGAAAACUCCUUUGUUUUAGGUAAUGUAUUGUAAUUAUUUCAAACUCCUUGUGUCUGGCAUCUUUCUGAAAUUGUCAUUUGAAUGAUAAUUUGUCUUGUCACAAAUGAUAAAUUGUUGAA